AUGGCAGCGCGAUCCCGGAGACCCUGGCUGAGCGUGGUGCUGGGGCUGGUGCUGGGCUUCACCGCCGCUUCCUGGCUGAUCGCCCCGCGGGUGGCCGAGCUCAGCGAGAAGAAGCGGCGCGGCGCCAGCCUCUGCUCCUUCCACGGCCGGGCGGCGGGGCCGGGGGCAGCGCGGGGCGCGGCGCCGGGCGGGCAGCAGGCGCCGCCGGAGGCAGCGGCGGUGCUGGGCGGCACGAGUUUCAGGAGCAGCCCCUGGGAGCUGCCGCCGGCGGCGGCGGAGGGCACGGUGUCCAGCCCCGCCGCCGGCGGGGAAGGGGAGCCGGAGGAGGAGGAGGAAGGCGGCGAGAAGCGGAGCGGCCGACCUGGCGGCAGCCACAACGGGAGCGGGGACUGGGGGGGCGCCCCGGGCUGCGCCAAGCCCCGCAACUUCCUCUACGUGGGGGUGAUGACGGCCCAGAAGUACCUGGGCAGCCGGGCGGUGGCGGCGCAGCGGACCUGGGCGCCCUCGGUGCCGGGCCGCGUGGAGUUCUUCUCCAGCCAGGGCUCCGCCGCGCCCCCCGGGAUGCCCCCGCUGCCUGUCGUCGCCCUGCCCGGCGUGGACGACUCUUACCCGCCGCAGAAGAAGUCCUUCAUGAUGAUCAAGUACAUGCACGACCACUACCUGGACAAGUACGAGUGGUUCAUGCGGGCGGACGACGACGUCUACAUUAAAGGUGAAAAAUUGGAGGAGUUUCUUCGCUCACUGAACAGCAGUAAACCUCUGUAUUUGGGGCAGACUGGUCUGGGUAAUAUUGAAGAACUUGGAAAACUUGGGCUGGAGCCUGGAGAGAAUUUCUGCAUGGGAGGGCCAGGAAUGAUCUUCAGCCGGGAGGUUCUCAGGAGGAUGGUGCCACAUAUAGGUGAAUGCCUUCGAGAAAUGUACACUACUCACGAGGACGUGGAGGUGGGCAGGUGUGUCCGAAGGUUUGGAGGAACUCAGUGCGUUUGGUCGUAUGAGAUGCAGCAGUUGUUCCACGAAAACUACGAACACAACCGCAAGGGUUACAUUCAAGACCUUCACAACAGCAAGAUUCACACAGCCAUAACACUCCAUCCAAACAAAAGGCCAGCCUACCAGUACAGGCUGCACAACUACAUCCUGAGCCGCAAGAUUUCCGACCUGCGCUAUCGGACCAUCCAGCUCCAUCGGGAAAGUGCCCUGAUGAGCAAGCUCAGCAACACUGAGGUAAAUAAGGAAGAUCAGCAGCUGGGGGGGAUGCCGUCCUUCAACCAUUUCCAGCCACGUGAAAGGGGUGAAGUCAUCGAGUGGGAGUUCCUGACAGGAAAGUUUUUGUAUUCGAUGGUGGAGAACCAGCCACCCCGGCAGAGCCUGAGCAGCGUCCUGCGGGCCGCGCUGGAUGAUACCGUGAUGCAGGUAAUGGAAAUGAUCAACGAGAACUCUAGGUCUAGAGGAAGGCUCAUUGAUUUCAAGGAGAUACAGUAUGGCUACCGCAGGGUGGACCCUCUGCAUGGAGUGGAGUACAUCCUGGAUUUACUGCUUUUGUACAAAAGGCACAAAGGAAGGAAAGUUACUGUUCCAGUGAGACGCCAUGCUUACCUUCAGCAAUUGUUUAGCAAACCUUUCUUCAAAGAAGCAGAAGAGCUGGAUGUAAGAAGCUUGCUGGAGGAUACCAACACUGACACUCAGUCUUUCUCUUUCCUUUCGAAUUCUUUAAAGAUUUUUUCCUCAUCGUUGCAAGGCACCAAAGACAUUGGGGGGCACAGUAACAAGAAAAUACAUAUCCUUGUCCCUAUCACAGGAAGAUUUGAUAUUUUCUCAAGAUUUAUGGAUAACUUUGAGAAGACUUGUCUGAUUCCCAGGCAGAAUGUAAAGUUGGCAAUAAUUCUCUUCAGUUCCGAGCCGGGCCAAGACUCUAGCAAACACAUAGAACUAAUGAAACAAUACAGCAUUAAGUAUCCUAAGGCAGAUAUGACCCUGAUUCCAAUGGCAGGAAAGUUUUCUAGAGGUUUAGGUCUUGAGAUGGCCUCAUCUCAAUUUGACAAUGGCACUUUGCUGCUAUUCUGUGAUGUUGAUCUGGUAUUCACGCCAGACUUCCUCCAGCGAUGCAGAGAUAACACUAUUCAGGGAGAACAGGUUUAUUAUCCUAUCAUCUUUAGCCAAUAUGAUCCAAAAGUAAUAUAUGGAGACAACCCUCCAGCUGACAGUAGUUUUGUUUUCACAAAAAGAACUGGAUUUUGGAGGGAGUAUGGAUUUGGAAUUACCUGUAUUUACAAAAGUGAUCUGCUUACUGCUGGUGGAUUCGAUACCUCUAUUCAAGGCUGGGGACUUGAGGAUGUAGACCUCUUUACUAAAGUGAUAACAUCUGGCUUGAAGGCUUUCAGAAGUCAGGAAGUAGGAGUUGUUCAUAUUUUCCAUCCAGUUCAGUGUGACCCCAAUUUAGAUCCAAAACAAUAUAAAAUGUGCUUAGGGUCGAAAGCAAGCACAUUUGCCUCUACCAUGCAGCUUGCUGGACUCUGGCUACAGAAACAUUUGGGUGUCAGGUACAACUGGACUCUGUCCUGACAUCUCAGCCUAUUUGGCCUUUUUAAGGGAGUUUACCUCAUUAUUGUCUUAUUUGAUUUUGCUGUUGUAGUUUUAAACUCCCUCCUCAUUGUCUUCCAAAGACUGUUGACCUCAAACGAGAUGACUCUGCUGUUCACUGAUGUUUCUCAUACCUACUGAACUGGUGAGGUGAACUCCUUCAUAUUUCCUUUAUUUGAAAUUCCGUCAAGUCAUGGGAAUCGUAUAAUACCAUGGAGCAUAUCCAUCACAAGAGACUGUAUCAGAAGAAUGUUCUCUUUUAGCUUUCAGAUGCAGUAUCAUCUUUGUUGCAUUUCUCAGAUUUGAUGUGAUACAAAUAUUUACCAGUGAAGGUACCACAAAAGUGCUUUAUGCUUCUUCUGGGGAUGGAACUCUAUAAGAUAAACUUGAGUUUUAUAAUUUAUAUGAGGACUUAUAUGUAUAAAUGCUACUUUUCUUCAUCUUUAGAAUUUUUAAAGUAAAUGAAUAACUAUAAUUGUACCUUUAUUUUUUAAAAAGAGAGUAAAGCCGAGGAGCUACUUGCAAAUACAACUGGUACUGGCUACCAAGGUCCUUAAAAGUCUUAUUAUUAAAACAAACUCCUCAUCGUUGUUCAAUCAAAGUGUAAAUGAACUUUGUUUUCACAACGAACAGGAUUUAAUCAAAUAUUCAUAUACACUUUGGAAGAUUUGUGAGCCAACAUCCUUCAUUUGCAGGCAAGAAGUAACUAUGGCUUAACAUGGUCAUUUAUAAUAAAGUGCAGGCAUACAGUAUUCUUAUUUUGAAACACAUAGUAUAAGUUGCUCUUUCUCUUUUUAGAAUGAGUCUCUAAUACAUAAUUUUCUUUUACAUUCCUUUCAUAAAGCUGCACUUGUUACAGAGUGUUAGAAGUAAAAGCUCUAUUUUUUUUAUUUUUUUUUUUAUUUUUUACAUCUUCCAUGAGUGUUGGUACUCAGCAGCAACUUGUUGUUAAAAUUAAAAUAGUUGUAGAAUAAUUAUUUAAGUUUCAAAAUUCACUAUUGCUGGUCAAAGUUCCUUGCCAAUGUAUUUAUAUUAGUGGAGAUUGUAAGACUGUGUUCAGAUACAUCUCUCCGGACAGCCUGAAGUUGUCAUAUUGUGGAUUCAUGAAGUAUUUAAAGGGAUACCAACAGAAAAUAAUAAAAAAAAUUUCCAAUUUUAGGGAAAUGUUUAUAUAGGGAUAUAUAUGUGUGCAUGUGUUUGUGUGCAUGUGUGUAUAUCCCUAUAUACAUAUAGAUAUAUAGGCAGAGUAAUUUCAAAGUACGUUCCCUUUUUCAGUUCAGGCAGUGAUUUGUUACAGUCAUUGUGAUAUUUGCCACAUGCUUGGAAAAUUUCAUGUUUUACUGUGGUAAGAACUCAGAGACAUCCAGGAAACCAUCACGAUUCAGCUAAACUUAAAACAAUGCAGUGGGUACAUCCAAUAGCCUCAGUACCCUUGAUUUUAAACUACAUUUCAAAUGGAUCUGGGCGAGAAAAAGUUGUAACUGUUUCAGCUGUAGCCAUCAACUUCUGCAUUUCCUUUCAAAAAAAGCCCAAACCAACAACUAAGAGUUUGGAAUUCACUGACAAAUCUAUUUAUACAGGAUAUCCUGACAAAUUUCCUAAGGCAUAAGGAGGGUGUGUAGGUCUCUUAUCUGUGGUUCUCUGUUCUGGAUUCAUUGUGCAAGGAAAAAAGCAACCCUAAAAAGGGUUGGGUAAAGUCAGAGUUGAAGGGCUGGCAAUUGCUUCUUGUAUGCUUAAAAAUAAGGCCAUUCCCUUGCCUUGGAGAGGGUAGUAGUUGUUGUAGAUGGGAACAGAUAGAGGGUAAUUCAUGCUUUUCUGCCCUGCUCAAGGAGAGCUCCUGGCUUGUUGUUCUCCUGGAGCUCUUGCCUUCAUUGCCCAGUAUUGUCAGCUCAAACAUUUGUCAAAAGUGAAAUUCAGUAUCGUAUGAAAUAGUUCUCAGAAACUACUCUUUAAGUUGGGUGCAAAGGUUACACUUUUUCAAUAAGAAAGCCAAGAACAAGGAAUGUGUGAUUUAUCUGAUCGAUCUCAACUAACCAAUGCAGCUCACACUGCAAAUAUCAAAAACUGCCUGUUGAUAAAUGUUUGUGAUGAUUUCAUGAACAAGAAAAAAAUUAAUUAUUUGCAAAGAUAUCUAAGGAAAUCAUUGCCUACUGGGAUGUAUUCCAGUGCUUAUUUCAGUUACUUAAUUUAGUGGCCAGAAAGUGUUUGCUCAGCUCAAAGUAAAAUAGUAGAUUAGAACAAGCAAUGAAACCAAUCAUUCAGUGGGGAUAAAGAUGUAUACAGAGGGCUUGCAGGAUCAGGUCCUACAUGAUAUAAGCAAAAUGCUAGUAUUUACCAGUAAAAAUAUUUAUUUAGUGUCUGACUGGUUCAUUUGUUUAUAUGAUGAAUUACUUUGUUAAAAACCUGAUUAUAAAUGUUUAUUAUGAAAUAUUGCAUUGUCUUUUGAAAUAACUAUCCUGAGAUAACUUGAGAACUUGUGUUAGUUUGUCUAAGGAAUAAUAUGCCUUCUAAGAAGAUCAUAUUAAAAUUAAAACAAAAAAAAAAAGCACAAAAGUGUUAGUGUAAUGUUACAUAUGUAUAGAUUAAGAUGGGAAUGUCUGUGCUAAUCAACUGUUUGCUUUUGUCUAGUCCGAAUCAUAAUCUUGAUUGUAAAGUGAAAUUUUUGUGUGUAUGAUGUCCAUUUGUAAAUGUGUGACUAGCGAAUUCACAAUAGAACAUAAUGACCAAUUUUCCCCAAAACCUCCUUACCCUGGGAAUAGGUUUCCUGGUUUCAUUGCUGGGAAGUGGGUUGUGGACUGCUUGCCCUUUGGCUUUCAAGACACUGCCAUUCUUUAAAAAAAAAAAAAAAAAAAAAAAAAUCUCGGCAUUCAACACCCAGAAACCUCAGAAAUCCCUACAACACAAUGAGGACGUGUUUUCCCACUCACUGAUUUAACAGCAUUUUUAUCUCCUGGGUGAAGGGAAAACAGCAGGUUGGACUUUCUAAGACUUGCUGAGUAUACUCUGCAUCAAAGCACUGGUUCUCAAGCUGAAGAAAAAAAACAGAGGGCCAGGGGGAGGUUUGAAGCUCAGCCACGGGAGUUGGCAUGACUUUCUGCCCAAGUCAUCUCCUUGCUGCCGCCUGUGCUGCCAGUAGCCUCUCCUUGGAGCAGUGAACAGGCAGUGCAAGCCAGUGUGGGACAAGAGCUGUGCUUGCUGCCAGCAGCUGCUUUUGAGAAGCAAAAGGGCCUCAUUAAUCAGUGUUUGGAGGGAGUGAAAGGAGGGUGCCAAACUGAGGAUUCAUUGAUUUGAAGUGGUAGGUUGUCCUAUGCACAUCAUGUUUCUCCCUGUCCCCACAGGGAAAGGGAGCCUGGUCCCACACCCAUUCCCUGUUUGCUCUGAAUGGGCAUUGUGAAGAAAGGGGCAAAACCAUCACUCCUUCCCCUUUGUGGGGCUAGUGGGCCUGGGCCAUUCACUUGGUCCUACCAUAUCAUGGGACAUGUGGGGGAAAAGGUACCAAACGGCCGUCCCAAAAAGCAAUACAGAGAGAGGCAUGUUCUGCACUCAUCAAAGACCAGAAGGAUGUGCACAAAAGUGCCUUUCGGAGCCUUUGCACUAGUGUGUGCUUAACAAUGCCUCAAGACUCCUGAAAAAGGUUAUGAUGCUGGUAAAACGACUCACAGGAGUGUACUGCACAUGCUGAGGGCCUGUGGAGACUUAACAAACACUUUUUUUAAACUUUUAAGCAAAUAGGCAAUUUAAACUUCUUUCGGUUUCUUAACUUCUUAAGAUGUAGUUUGCUACACCGAAGAUACUGCCCCAAAGAAUGAUGCCAGCUUUAAGAUACAAACAAAACACAUGUGCAGGCUAUAUCUGAUUUUCCUGCAACUUGAAAUCUGUUAACGUUUUUGGAAAAGCAUAGGGACUAAAAAUUGGUGAGACACUGACUGGGGAAAGGGGUUUUGUCUCUGGUCUAUUUUUAAAAAGAGAAUCACAUGAGAAGUAGAAGUAGUAGAAGGCAAAAAAUGCCUUCUACAGCUGUGACGUUAUGGUAGCAGUGAUAAUUAUGGUGCUUAAUUGCAGCACAGUGAGGUGUUUCACUAAGUCUAACUACUUACAAUAAAUGAACAUUUCUGAAGGUUAUAAUCUGUCAUACAUCUGUAAGUAACAUAAAGUUGUCCAUUUUCAGUCCUUUCAUGUCUUAGAAUAAUUUUCUUUACAUUUUCAUCUGUCAGCAUUUAUUCAUUUGAUUAAUGAAACGACUUGUCAUGACUCAAUCUCACUUUCCUAUUUUCCUUUUUCUUGGGUCUUUCCAUUUGCAGUAUAUAUUACUAUAGUAUUGCAAUUUUUGAGCCAGCAUGAUAUUUCUGUUAUGGUUUCAUGAUGUCAUUGCCAUAUAAAACUGCUGAACUAGAAUAUUUUACUGAAUGAGUUUCCAGUGGUACUUUAAAUUGUUUCCAUUUGCCUGUCACUGUAAGUUAAAAGUGUUCUGGAUAUUAUUACUUCACCUCUUCCUCUGGUCUCCUUCAUCCUGAAAUCCCACCAAAGCAGGAAAAUGCAAAAACUUUGGAAAUUAAAAAAAGUCUGUAAUGCUUAAGUCUGUAAGAACAAAAUCUUGGGAUUUGCUUGAUCUCCUUUUUUUUUUUUUUCCCUUCAAGUCUUUUGUCUCGAAUUCCAGAACCAUAUUUAUCAGUUCCAUAAUAAAUAAUGGUAAUUAAGAUGUAAGACAGCAGAUAAAUGGCCUACAUACUAGAAACUGUAAUUUUACAUCCUUUUUUCUGGGUCCCUUAUUAUUGAACAGUUGUUUGCUAUUUAUGUGAACUGUGGAGAUUAAUUAAAAGUGUCCUUCUUGAUUUAGUGUUUACUUAGUGUUUAACCAUGUAGGCAGUGAUCCCAAGAUGUACUGUACACUGCAGGCUGAGUUUUGUUGCUCUCACUCUUCAUUAGGGUGAUAUGGAGCAAUAAACUGUGCUAAUUUUUCACAUCUGUCCAUACACUGCUGGCUAAAGAAAACACAAGCUAAUUAAAUGCUUUGAAGAUGGUGUUUGGACUGUGGGUGACCAGAGAGAGAACUGCUGAGUGUAGUUCGGCCUCGAAACCAAAGCGAGGAUCUGCUCCCACGUAAGGACAAGUCACACAUAAGAAGCAGCAGGAGCCUGAGUUUGUACAAAUCAUUGUGGCAUUGGGGGACGCACCUUAAGGCUUUUAGAGUGUGAUUGCUAGUAGCUGGCACAGUGCAGCCUGAACAAAGUGCUACCAUCACUUCAAGAUAAAAACGAGGAAUCCAGUCAAGUGAAGAAUGCAAUAAAAGUGUUUCUUGUGUGACAGUGUAGAUAGGAAGGAUGUAAAUUCAGAGAGGUGUGUGUCUCUUUUUAUGCUAAGAGACUGGAGCAUAAAACUUGUUUUAAAGUAGAACUUUGCUUUACUUUCUUCCUGAAAGCUUUUCCCAUUGCUUUGCAUUCCACUUGUACGUGCAGAGACAAAUGCUGCGACUCUCUGGAGCAGUACUGAAAAUGUAAAUCUUCCACACCUGAUUUGUUCUGACCAGCAAGAUCAAGUUUUGUGAAGUGGUAGCUGAGCUGGCAAAUUUUAGUUUUUCCUCUUUUUAGAUAUGACACACUUUAGUGUUAUUUAACUGGGAGUGGGAUCUUUGACAGCUUUGUGUCAAAGAUGCUUCAGUGUUUUGUGCCUAAGAUGUUUUAGUCUUUCUGUUGCAACUUCAUAAAUGGCACUGUUAUGUGGCACAUCACUGCUUUAAAUGAUGAAGUUCCUUUAAGCAAAGGCUUCUAGAUGGUAGUAUACAGCUGAUGUAACACUGCA